UUAAUGGCGGAUGCAUACCUCCACCGCUCCCAACCACCUCCGCCAUCAAUAUACACUCCCAAUCAUCCUCUCCAAACCAAAAAUCACAAAUGCCGAACAACACGAGCGCACGGUUCGCGGCCGCGGUCCUCUGGAUCGCCGUCGUGGGGAUCAUGGCGGCCGGAGGGGCCGAGACGAUCGCGGAGAAGUGCGCCUCGGAGUUCCAGAAGGUGACGCCGUGCCUGUCGUUCGUGACGGCCAAGGCCAAGGCGCCGGGCAAGGAGUGCUGCAGCUCGGCCACCGAGCUGCAGGACGAGGAUCCGGCGUGUCUCUGCUAUAUUAUUCAGCAGGUGCACAACGGAUCCAAUGCCGCUAUCAAGAGCAUGGGCGUGCAGGAGGCGCGCCUCCUGCAGCUGCCCGCGGCUUGUAGCCUGGCCAAUGCUAGCCUCUCUGAAUGCCCUAAGCUUCUAAACCUGCCUCCAAACUCCCCUGAGGCUGCCAUCUUCACCACCAACGCCUCCGCGACCCCGACCCCGACCCCGGUGGGGACACCCGGGACGCCAUCAACGACGGCGGCACCCAGUAAUGGGGAUUGGCGUAAACCUCAAGUUGCCGGAUGUGUGGCUAUGGCGAUCUCCCUCUUGGGGUUGAUGCCUUUUUAAACUCUGAUUAAUUUGAAUGCCAAUUUGUGAUGUAAAAACACCAUACUUUGCUUGCAUUUUGCGAUGUUGGACUAUGAGUUACAUUCCUGUUUGAUUCA